AGCAAAGCGCACCACGCCUGCUCUCAUGUCCGUCCUCUUCUUGUUCUAAUUUCUACCCCGCUUUCUUCCUCAUUGUACCCUCCUUCUCUAUGGCUUCCAUCGCCUUUCUGUCACCAAAGAAGCAAUCACCAAGUAUUCUUUAUCGGUCAAAACCCUGCGUUUUUCCUUGUUGGAUCUGCCACCUUGCUUCAUCAGGAGGUGCGAACAAAAUUUGCCUAUAAUUCUCGACAGGACAGCCGCGCGAGUAGUCCCCAGUCCAUCGCAUUUCAAGAUGUAGCCUCGCCCACCAUGUCCGGUCUCGAAGCCCUAGGCCUGGUCUGCAACAUUUUCGCCGUCGUCGACUUCUCCAUCAAAACAGUCAAGUUUUGCAAGGCCGUCUACGAGGGAGCAGCUCUCGACGCGGAUCGUCUCUCAGCUGUCUGCGACUCACUGGAAACCUCCACGCAAGACCUUCGUCAGAGCUACUAUGCUGUAACAGAGGCCCGGACCAAGGCUGAGCAGGAUAUUCUCGACUUGUCGCAAAAAUGUCAGGUCGCCGCCCGCGAUCUUCAGGAGGAGGUCAAAUUCCUCGUCGAUGGCAAAGCAAAAGGCAGCUUGGUCAAUACCGUUGUCGUUGCGAUACGAAAGGGAUGGCGGAAAAUACGCAUCCAGAGGCGGGAAAAGUCACUAGAGGAAUUCAAGGCACUGCUGGAGACCCGGCUGCUGUUUCAAAUAUUCUCCAAGACCCAGGCCAUAGCGCUCGCGAAGCAGCACGAAUUUGCAACACUCGACCAGCAACUACAGCACUUCGUCACACAGUACGCUGACGGACAUACCAGACUUGGCGAUCUUGUCAAGGCCGGGACACAGACGGUGACAGCAGCCACCCAGGCCGAAGGGAAGCGGCUCGAGAAGGAGCUGAAGGAGCACACAACAGCCGAGGUCAAUGCCGGUGUCGCCAUGAACUCUGAACGCAUGCACCAGAUCCAUCUUGAUGCAGAGAAAGCUGCCCGUCUGCAGAAGCUUCUGGGAAGUUUCAAAUUCCCGGCUCUCAACGAGCGGCGCAGCCAUGUGUCCCUGUCUCUCGAAGGCACCUUUAACUGGAUCUUAGACGACGACACGGAAGAUGUACAGCCCUGGGACAACUUUCUCGAUUGGCUCAAAUCUGAAAGCAAGAAAUACUGGAUCCAAGGCAAACCGGGCGCUGGGAAAAGCACCCUGGUCAAAUUUCUCCUCCACGAUGCGCGCACACAACAAGCAGUCGACAUAUGGCGACCAAACACCCUGAUGAUAUCCCACUUCUUUUGGAAACCAGGCUCCAUACUGCAAAGAAACAUCAAAGGGCUUCUCUGUUCGCUCAUGCAUCAGCUGGGCUCUGCCAGCAAUGCGGUCCUCCAGUCCCUAUUCGACGGGGACACAGCCUCGUCCCUGCAGAGCAAGGACUCGGCCGACGACUGGUCCGUGGAAGACCUCAAAUCUACCCUGCAUGAGACGCUGUCGCUGCUUCAGCGCCCGGUGUGCAUCUUCAUUGACGGCCUCGAUGAGGUUUGCUCCGAGGAUGGCUCCUGGCGUCUAAUGAAGGUCAUCGACGGCUUGGCAGCAUUCCCACAGGUCAAAAUCUGCUUAGCAAGCCGACCGGAAUCGAGAUUCAAGACACAUCUGGACCAGCAACCACAGCUCAGGGUUCAGGACUUAACAUGGAACGACAUGGUGCGCUACGUGGACGACAAGCUCUCGCCGUUCGUCGAAUUGGGAACUAUACCUGAUUCCCGCUCGUGGGAAACCGGCCACCUACGCUGGCGACUGGUAGAAAAGGCCGAGGGUGUUUUCCUCUGGCUUCACCUAGCAACCAAUAGCAUUAUCAGGGGCCUGGAAAAUGGCCAGACACUAGACGAAGUAUCCAUUCGCCUCAAAGAUCUGUCUCCGAACUUGGCCGAUCUCUAUUCGGACCUCUGGAAACGACUCAACGAUGAUACUCCCUCCCACCGCCAGGAAGGCGCACACUAUCUCAACAUCAUACUAGAGAACGGUCUUUUGGAGCCGAGUUUCAGACGGUAUGCUGGUUCAAUUCUAGCCUUGGGGGAGGUUGCAAUUGCGGCAUAUCCAAGGAGUCACAGUCUUUGGAGCAAUCUACGACAUGCAAUCUGUAGUUCAUCAGAACAUAUCCCUCCAGAUUUGGAAUCUGAGACCCUGCAGAGUUGCCACCAGACUCAAAAGCAUAUCCUUCUUCGCUGUGCCGGACUGGCCGAGGUCGUUGAUUACUAUAUAGACGAUGACUUCGCAAACGGAAUAGCCUUCCGCCGACAGGUCAAGUUUAUACACCGGACAGCCUGGGACUUUUUGACCGACACGGAGGAGGGCUGGCAUAUCCGGAGUUACGACAUGUCAUCCCCGGAAUCUCGGCACAUCAAUUAUUUGUUUGCCUCCCUCGCUUCCAGAUAUCUCCAGCCGCGCAUUGGUUACCCAUACCACUUUGUGAGCGAACCUCACAUCCAGGAAAUCAUUUCACAGCUGGGAAAGCUCACCGACCAGGCCGACCCUGAAAUAUCCUCUCUUCUCCAAUUUUGUUGGACGCUUUACGACAAAUCCAAGGCCUGUUCUUCCCCAUCUAUGGAAUUCGGGAGAGCAGGUUGGGCAGGGUGGCGACUGCAUUUUCUUGCCCUCGCGGCGCGAUGGCCAUGUUGCCGCGAUUUUGUGCUUUGUUCUACCGUGAACAGCCCGGACCCGAAAACAACAGCCACACUUGUCCUCCAGGGCUUAGUUACACAUCCCACAACGUCAAAGGCGGAACACCAGGAUUGUAUGGACUUCUUCAUCCCUAAGUUACUCGGACUUGGAGCAGACGUGAGAUUGAAGGGUACCUUCUACUCGAAGGCAUACAGAGCUUUCGCCACACGAAGUGAUUUUUCUACAACAGCUUUUUACAUGUCGUCCUUCGCUUCCUUUCUGCAAAGGGCAGUUCAUGAUGGCUGCAGCAGAUGGGCGCUCAAUCACAUUAUGGCUUUCCACAAACAUGGAGCCAACUUGGAAGAGCGGCUGGUAGUCUCUCUGAGUCUGCCAAGCAAAUAUAGCUUCGGCGGUUAUAUGCUAUUGGAGGCCAACGCCUCCUUCAUAGCCCUGUAUCUUCUCCAGGUCACAGAAGCCGAGAAGGGAGACUCUAUUUCGCCUGGAAGACGGGACGAAAUCGAGCAUCUCUUGACGAACCCAUUCGGGCGGAUCAGGUAUUUCAGCAUGAUGAGAGAGUGUUAUCGCCCUCGCGCGCAAGCCAUCAGCGAUUGGGAUAUCAGCAAGCGGGACAUCAGUCGAGAAUGUCAGCACCUUGAUCCUCGGAAGUUAGACUUGAAGUGGUGGGCGUCUAUUAUGCCCGGCCCAUUUGCAAACGAUGGGGCUCUCGAGCUGGUGGAAGGCAACGUGCACGAUGAGCUGGCCAGGGAAGGCACCUGCGGCGUCAGCUUUUUGCGCCCUGUGCGUAGCGAGCGUGGACGGUUGAUCGGGGUGGAGCCAUCGCUAAUACAACCCUCGUGGGAAGACUGGGAGGACAGAGAUCGGAUGUGCCGGGAAGCCAAGGAAUACGAGGCAAGAGAACGGAUGCGCCAGGAAGCCGAGGAAUACGGGGAAAGACUGCGACUGAAAUUUGGGCUGACUGCCUGAUGGCUGAGAGUCAUGGAGGGUUGUUGCUCUUUUCCCGAGGGUUUUGCAUCUCGACCAUGAGGCUGAGCAGCAUGGUGGUGAAUGAUCAGAAAAUCAAGGUGUGGAGAGCAGAGAUAGGAUGGAUCUAUUCUUUAUUAUUCCUACCACUCCUGUUGAUCACCCGGUAGCGCCAACGCUGCCUUCUUCAUCGUCCCUUGUGAAUCGCAUUCUUAUUUACUUCGCUGAGCUAUUCUGAACAAAUGAUGUAACACCAAUUUUGGCAACUGAACGGGGAAUGGAAGAGCGUUGCAUGGCAGGCAACUAAAUGGGUGCUAAACAUGGGAGGGUUUCCUGGAUUGCAC